AUGACACGCAAAAACGCCUCCCUCUCCAAGCGCCGCUCCACACCGAGCCUGAAAGUAGCAACCGGCCAAAACGGCCAUGCGAACGGACACGGGACCGGCAAAAUGAACAGCAAUAUUGAAAUGCGCAAACGCGACACUUCCACCGAGUCGUCCGCCGAACGCACCGCUCGCGUCCUUCAAAACCCCAACUUCUCCCUCGACAAUGAACCCCCCGUCCCCCCAACGCCCAUCCUCACGACCACCAGUUUCCGCAAUCUGCCGUCCAGUGACCGGAGGAACUUCCUGCUGCUCUGCGUGCUUUACUUCUUGCAGGGCGUGCCGAUGGGCCUGGCGACGGGCUCGGUCCCUUUCCUGCUGAAGCCGUACCUGUCGUACGGGCAGAUCGGCGUCUUCUCGCUGGCGUCGUACCCGUACUCGCUGAAGCUGUUCUGGAGUCCCAUUGUGGAUGCCGUGUGGAGUCCGCGGUUUGGCCGCCGCAAGAGCUGGAUCACGCCGGUGCAAGUGAUUGCGGGGCUGGCGAUGAUCUUUCUGGGCGGACGUAUUGGCGAUAUGAUGGUGCAGGCGGGCGCCAAUGGCGGCGAGGGCGUGUGGAACUUCACCUAUUGGUGGUUCCUGCUGGUGUUUUUCUGCGCGACGCAAGAUAUCGCCGUCGAUGGGUGGGCUAUCACCCUCAUGUCACCGCCGAAUAUCUCCUACGCGUCCACCGCCCAGACAGUUGGUCUGACGGCCGGCCAUUUCUUGUCUUACACCGUCUUCUUGGCCUUCAACUCGAAGGAAUUUGCCAAUCGGUGGUUCCGGGCUGUCCCCAGCGAGGGUGGCCUGAUGUCGUUGGGCGGGUACUUGACCUUCUGGGGAUGGGCAUACCUGUUUGUGACAUUGUGUCUGGCCCUGCUGAAAAAGGAGGACCGCACCAAGGAGCGCGACAGCAUUUUGGACGUCUACAAGAGCAUGUGGAGCGUAUUGAAGUUGAAGAACAUCCAAACCAUCAUCCUGAUCCACCUGAUCGCCAAGAUCGGCUUCCAGGCCAAUGAUGGCGUAACCAGCUUGAAAUUGCUGGACAAGGGAUUCGGCCAGGACAACAUGGCGUUGGUCGUGUUGAUCGACUUUCCCUUUGAAAUCAUGCUUGGCUACUAUGCGGGCAAGUGGUCCACCGAGUACACGCCGAUGCGGCUCUGGGGCUGGGCCUUCGUCGGCCGCUUGGCGGCCGCGGUGCUGGCCCAGUUCACCGUGAUGAUCUACCCCAGCGGCGCGGACAUUCCGUUCUGGUAUCUGCUGACCGUGAUCCUCGAGCAUGUGGUCUCGACCUUCAUGAACACAGUCAUGUUCGUGGCCAUCUCCGCGUUCCACGCCCGUAUUGCUGAUCCGGCGAUUGGCGGAACUUAUAUGACCCUUCUCGCAACCGUCUCCAACCUGGGCGGCACAUUCCCCCGCUACUUCAUCCUCAAGCUCGUCGACCUCUUCACGGAGGCAACCUGCAUCCCACCUUCUGUCGCCCCGCCCGCCGACACGCUCACAGAUGCCCUCGUCACCACAGCCUUCUCCUGCGCCUUGGAGCCUGCGAAGAACCGCUGCGUCAACGGCGGCGGUGUCUGUGUGGUCGACCGCGACGGCUACUACAUCACCAACAUGCUCUGCGUGGUCAUUGGCACCGUUACCUUCUUCAUGUUCAUCAAGCCCGCCGCCACGAAGCUCCAGAGCCUGCCGCUUCGAGCUUGGCGGUUGGCGCCAGGUUCCUCGGGGCGCGAGUGA